CACCCGUAGAUGGCGUCUACGUCAUCAAAGUGCGACGCCUCAAGCGCCGCACCACGUGUGUAAGGCAGCAGUCCGUAUUUUCGUUUUUUUACACGAUUAAGGCGAAAGAUUGAAAAGUCUUUCUGGAUUUUUCCAUUCAGUGAGCUCGGGUCAGGAAGCAGCAUGGCACAGCACUGGACUGGAGGCCACACUGCCCCCGUGCUGUGCAUCGGAGCUGCAGAGGAAGCUGAUGGAUUUCUGGCUUCGGGCGCUGAAGGAGGCGAGGUGACUGUGUGGGCUCAGGAAGGAACUCCUCUCUCACAGGUGCAUUUGAGCUCCAAGGAAGAUGUCACGUGUACGGUUUUCUCCAGCAGAGCCCCCGGACUGUUGUACGUGUCUCAUGGCGAGACGGUGAGCGUCCUGGACCCACGCAGUCUGAAGAUGCCGGUGGAUGAAAUCGAGAACGUCGGUGAGGACGAGAUCAACUCGCUUUCCGUAAGCGAAACGGGCGCCUCGCUGGCACUCUGCGACGAUUCGGGGGCUGUUAGAGUGGUGGACCUGCAGACGAGAAAAGUCAACCGCACGCUGCGCAAACACACCAACAUCUGUUCUUCGGUGGCGUUCCGACCCCAGAGGCCACAGAGCCUGGUGUCUGCAGGGCUGGACAUGCAGCUGAUGCUGUGGAACCUGCAGAAAGCUCGGCCAGUGUGGACCUACAGCCUACAGGAGGCGCAGGAGGAGGAAGAGCGUUCCCAGCAGCAAGGAGGUCAGCUCUUCAACCCGCCUCUGGCUCACUGCGUCAGCGUCGCGUCGUGUGGAAACGUUCUGGCGUGCGCUGCCGAGGACGGGCGCGUACACCUCGCCCGAGUGGGCGUCGGCUCCAGACUCGAGCAGCAGGGGGCAAUAAAGGCUCACAGUCAGGGUGCCUCUCAAGCCCACUUCCUCAACUUCAUGCCUCAUCCUUACUUCCUGGCCACCGGAGGAAAUGACGGCGUAGUGGCAUUAUGGGAUAUAAGCGAGGAACCUGUAGUGGCAGGAGAGGUCAAGGCCCAGGCCCAGGCCCAGCGCAGGAAGACUAAAAACAGGAAGUUAAAGACUCAGAGUCAUGAGGUUGUUGAUGGUAAGAGAAGCGAAGAAGAACUUUCAGAGGAGGCCGGAUGUUCUGACCCGAAUCAGACAAAGACUACGUUGAAACUGAAGUUCAAUCACGAGGAGAAGGUGAACUGGGUGUGUCCGGCACGUCUAAAAGGACAAGCCAGUUUACUCGUGGCGGAUCAGAGCACCAGAGUUUGUGUGUACGCUCUGUCUGGGCUUUAGCAACAUUUCUCCAAGAGCGUGGGAACGCACAGAACUGGGUUCCGCUUUAUUUAUUUACAUUGUGGUUAAACGAAGGCGCUUGUGAAAUACAAGUCCAACCUGAA